AUGAGACUCUUAGCUUGGAACUGUCGUGGGCUUGGGAACCCAGGGACAGUUCAUGUGUUGAAGGGGCUCAUCGCCUCACAAGGUCCCGAUGUGGUGUUUAUUUCAGAAACAAAAAAAUCUUCUCAGGAGAUGUGCUCUAUGAGGCGCUCUCUUGGGCUUUCUAAUUUAUUUCCUUUAGAUUGUGCAGGUACUGGGAGAUCUAGAGCUGGCGGGUUGUGCCUGUUGUGGAAUGAUGAGGUUGAGGUGGAUAUCGUUCAUGCCUCGCCAAAUCACAUCCUCUGUAUGGUCACUCACCCCUUAUCUCAAGAUCCGAUGCAGGUGUUAGGUAUUUAUGGGUUUCCGGAUGAGCAGAACAAGCACCGUACUUGGGAGAUGAUUGAUAGAUUUAAACCUCAUAACCCGGCAACCCCUUGGGUCUGCUUGGGUGAUUUUAAUGAUAUUUUGAGUCCUGAUGACAAGCGUGGUGGAGGACAGGUUGAUAUUUUACGCCUUCAAAAUAAUAACCAAACUCUUUCUGCUUGUGGUCUUGUUGAUGCAGGUUUCAAUGGUUUCCGGUUUACUUGGUCAAAUAAACGGCAGGAGCCACAUACUAUUCAGGAGCGGUUGGAUUAUGCCUUAGUCAAUGAGGGGUGGCGUAAACUUUGGCCGGUGGUGGAAGUCUCUCAUUUGGCUCGCCACAAGUCAGAUCACAAUCCGAUUUUGAUGGCUUGCUACCCUCACCCCCGGGGGGAAAAGCAGCGAAGAAUUCACAGGUUCAGGUUCGAGGAAGUUUGGUUAGACAAAGUGGAGGAUUGUACAGCAAUUGUGACAGUGGCGUGGUCGGCUGUGGAUGCGGGAAUUGGUCAAAAGAUAGCUGAUUUGGGGUCAGCGCUGGAUAGUUGGGGCCGAGAGAUCUUUGGAGACAUCCCAAAAAAAGUGGCCAUGAGGAGAGAUAGGCUUCAAGCUUUACAAAGUAUGGAUCAAUCUGAACGGGUGCUUGAGGAAGCUAGGGAGAUUGAGCGCGAGCUUGAUACCCUCCUAGAGCAGGAAGAGGUUGUUUGGGCUCAAAGUUCAUCUAAUCCGGUGGACAUUCAGGAGGCCACUAGGCUCGUUGAAGGGCGGGUAUCGCCGGUGAUGCUGAAUAUCCUGAAUGCGCCUUUUACAAGGGAAGAUGUAGAGGAGGCUCUUUUCCAAAUGCAUCCCAAUAAAGCGCCAGGAAUUGAUGGGCUCCCAGCUCUGUUCUAUCAGAAAUUUUGGCAUAUUGUGGGUGAUGAUGUGGUUAAUUUUUGCCUUCAGGUCCUGAGUGGACAGAUGUCCCCUGGUAUGAUAAAUCAAACUUUAAUUGUGUUAAUCCCAAAAGUUAAGAAGCCAUUGCAUGCUAAUCAGUUUAGGCCGAUUAGUUUGUGUAAUGUUUUAUUCAAAAUUAUAACGAAGGUUAUUGCAAAUAGGCUUAAGCUUGUUCUGCCUGAUAUUAUUUGUGGACCUCAGAGUGCCUUUGUGCCAGGUCGACUAAUUACUGACAAUGCAUUAAUUGCGUAUGAAUGCUUUCAUUUUAUGAAGAAAAAAUGUUCUGGCCGUAAUGGCCAUAUGGCUUUAAAACUUGAUAUGUCGAAAGCCUAUGAUAGGGUCGAAUGGCCAUUCCUUUGCAGUGUGUUGGUGCAUAUGGGCUUCCCAGCUAAUUGGGUUAAGCUGAUCAUGGAAUGCGUAACUACGGUUCGGUUCCAAGUCAUGCUUAAUGGGAAUCCCCAAAUGCCUUUUGAUCCAGGGAGAGGGCUCCGACAAGGGGACCCCCUCUCCCCGUAUUUAUUUAUUUUAUGUGGUGAGGUGUUUUCAGCCCUUAUUCAAAGGGAAUUGGUUGGUUCUUCUCUUUCUGGCAUUAAAAUUGCCCGUUCUGCGCCUGUCAUCAACUUUGACAAGUCGAUGCUAUCUUGCAGCCGAAAUGUGCCUAGUCCCCGCUUCGAUGAGCUCAAAAGGCUUUUGGGUGUAAAGGCGGUAGAUAGCUAUGAUAAGUAUUUGGGUCUUCCAACCAUUAUCGAUAUAGAGCGUAUGAUUAGCAAGUUCUAUUGGAGUGGGGAUGCAUCUCGCAGAAGCAUCCACUGGCUAAAGUGGGAUACACUUUGCAGGCCCAAAUAUGAUGGAGGUGUGGGGUUUAGAGAUUUCAAGGCUUUCAACACAGCUCUUGUAGGCAAAAACUGGUGGAGACUCUAUAGGAGCCCGGAGUCGCUCCUUGGCAGAUUAUUUAAAGCAGUUUAUUACCCUAAUGGUUCUAUUUGUGCAGCCAAGAAAGGAAGUCGCCCAAGCUAUGCUUGGUCGAGUAUCUUCUGUACGCGAUGGGUAUUUGAGGAAGGAGCUAGGUGGAAGGUGGGUGAUGGUCAGAGUAUUGAUAUUUGGCGUGACAAAUGGGUUCCAAAUGACGCACCCCUUAUUCACAGGGAGGAUCUUGCUCAGAGUGCAAACUUGGGAUGUGUUUCUCAACUGUUUAUUCCAGGUCAGCGUGCUUGGGAUAAAGAUUUGGUAGAGAUGGUCUUUUGGCCUCCUACGACCAAGGCCAUUCUUCAAAUCCCCUUAUCAUUGGCUGGUGGUGAUGAAUUAUUUUGGCUAGGUUCAACAGAUGGUCUUUAUACUACUAAGCAGGGAUACAUGUUCAUUCGUGAGAGGAAGAUAGCACGUACAACUUCUUCUUCCCUGGUGCAGGCCCAUUCAUCCUUUUGGAAAAAAUUGUGGAAGGUGCCAGCGUUGCCUAGGUGCUUGGAACUGGUAUGGAGGGCGGUGAAAGGUAUUCUCCCGGUACGGAAGCUGCUGCGUGGUCGAGGAAUUGAUAUAGAGGAGGCGUGCCCAUUCUGUAAUGACGCUGCUGAAUCUAUCGACCAUGUCUUAUUAUCUUGUCCCAUAGUGGCUCGGUGGUGGUUUGUUAUUAUGCGAGGGUUACGGAUUCCAGAAGGCAGCUCGGUUUGUGGCUUUAUGCAGCAUGUUUUUCAGUUAGAUGACCCAUCCAUAGCUGCGGAUUGUGUCGUCUUCUUGUCGGUGCUGUGGGAGGCCCGUAAUAGAUGCGUUUUUCAGGGACAGGUACCUCAGCUCCAGGACUUGAUGGCUCGGACGAGUUUGCUCACAGCUCCCCCCCGUGGGUCCCCAACAACGGUACCGCGUGCUCUUCCAGACGCGUGGAGCAGACCAAGUGGAGAUGAAGUGAAGAUAAAUUGUGAUGGGUCGUGGGUGAAGGAUAAACCAGCUGGUUUGGGAUGUGUUGCUCGGAAUGCUCAAGGUCUGGUCAUGGCUGCUGCAACGGCCUUCCCGGUGGAAGCUCCAUCUCCGUUGGUGGCUGAGGCGCUAGCUUUCAGGUGGUGUCUUUCUUUGGCAUCUGAUUUGUUCUUCCAAAAUAUUGUGGUGGAGACUGAUUGUUUACAGCUCUAUGAUGCUUGGUACAAAUCUAUGCAUGGAGCUUCCUAUUUAAUUUCUAUCCUCAAAGAUUGUAAGGAUUUAGUUUCUUCUUUCCGUCGUUUUCGUUUAAUGUUUGUCCGUCGAUCCGGCAAUACUGUAGCUAAUCACUUAGCUAAGAACUCCUCACAGUAUCCCAACUGCGUUUGGAUUGAGGAGGUUCCCCCGGAUUGUGUUGGUUUAAUUGCUUCUGAUGUAACAUCUUCUAUGACGGCUUAUUUUUUCAAUAAAGUUUUCCAUGUUCAAAAAAAAAAACUCUAA